GGGGUGGGGAGCGAGCCAGGGGCACUGGGAUUUUGGGGGUGGGGAGGGGAAUGGUCCUAGUCUCUUUCCUAUGUAUAGUUGGCUUAGACUCCCCUCCCCUCCCCUCAUCACACACUGCUCCCCUCCCCUUGAGGUUCCCCCACAUCUCCCUUCCCCCGGUCCCCACCGCUAAUAUUAACGUCUGUUGGGACCCCAUGCGGGACCUGGCUCUGAGCAAUCCUGCAGCUGCUGGGGGGGGGGCCGGUCUACGACGGAUCUCCGCAAAGAGAAGUCGCGGGACGCGGCGCGAUGCCGCCGGAGCAAGGAGACGGAGGUGUUCUACCAGCUGGCCCACACCCUGCCCUUCGCCCGGGGGGUCAGCGCCCACCUGGACAAGGCCUCCAUCAUGCGCCUCACCAUCAGCUACCUGCGGAUGCACAAACUCAUCACCUCGGAGGAGUGGCGCGGGCAGCCGGAGCAGGUUGACGCCUGUUACCUGAAGGCCCUGGACGGUUUUGUCAUGGUGCUGACGGAGGAGGGCGACAUGGCUUAUCUGUCGGAGAAUGUCAGCAAGCACCUGGGGCUGACCCAGCUGGAGCUGAUUGGACACAGCGUCUUCGAUUUCAUCCACCCCUGUGACCAGGAGGAGCUGCAGGAUGUGCUGAGCCCCCGGCAGGGCUUCUCUAAGAAGAAGGAGGUGAAGACCGAGCGCAGCUUCUCCUUGCGCAUGAAGAGCACCCUGACCAGCAGGGGGCGCACCGUCAACCUCAAGUCGGCCACCUGGAAGGUGCUGCAUUGCGCCGGCCACAUGCGGUCCUACACGCCGGCGCGGGAGGGCCCGGAGGAGGCGGAGGGGGGGUAUGCGGAGCCCCCGCUGCGCUGCCUGGUGCUGAUCUGCGAGGCCAUCCCCCACCCCGCCAACAUCGAGACCCCCCUGGACAGCAGCACCUUCCUCAGCCAGCACAGCAUGGACAUGAAAUUCACCUACUGUGACGAGAGGAUCGCGGAGGUGGCGGGGUACACGCCCGACGAGCUGCUGGGCUGCUCCAUCUACGAGUACAUCCACGCCCUGGACUCCGACGCCGUCAGCAAGAGCGUCCACACCCUGCUGAGCAAAGGGCAGGUGGUGACGGGCCAGUACCGUUUCCUGGCCAAGAGUGGGGGCUACCUGUGGGCUCAGACCCAGGCCACCGUUAUCUCCAACAGCAAGAACUCCCAGCCCGAGAGCGUCGUCUGCGUCCACUUCGUCCUCAGCCAGGUGGAGGAGACGGGCGUGGUUCUGUCGCUGGAGCAGACCGAACGCCAGGGUGAGGGGCGGCGCCUGCCACCGGAGCCUGACCCUGCUCGCCAGGCCAACGGGAGCCCUGAGGAACUGGAGCCAGACACCGGGGAGACCAUCCUCAACCUCAGCUUCGAGCGGCACGGCCCCCGGCUCCUGGCCUUCCUGCGCCCGGCCCACGUGAGCGAGGUGGAGCUGCAGCGCGACCCGCGCCGGUUCUGCAGCCCCGACCUGCAGCGGCUGCUGGGACCCAUCUUCGACCCACCCGGAGCCCGCGCCAACAGGGAGGGGGCCCCGCGGGCACGGUCCUCCCCCCGCCCCCUCGAGGCCGGCGGGCCGCCCCAGGACUCUGCCAAGAGCGCCGCCCCGGCCGAGCUGCUCUUUGACAUGGAGAACGUGCAGAAGCUCUUCGCCUCCACCCAGGAGGCCGUGGAGACGGCGCUGCAGGAUUACGAAGCGCUCGACCUGGAGAUGCUGGCUCCGUACAUCUCGAUGGACGACGAUUUCCAGCUCAGUAGCACCGACCAGCCCCCCUGGCUGGCCGAGAAGCGGGGUGAUCCUGCCGCGGCCAGGGGAACAGGCCCCCCGCCGCCAUCUGCCUCACCCCCACCGCGUCCUCGCUCCAGCAGCUUCCAUGGGGUGUCUGCCCGCGAACCCAACCUGCCCGGCCUGCCCCGCUGGGGCAGCGAGACCAGCCUGAGCCAGCCCCGGUCCCUCCAGCCCCCAGAGGAGGAGCCCAUGGAGCUGGAAGGCCCUGGGUCACCACCAACAGCGCCCCCAGGAGGCAACCGCAGGGAUCACCCUGCCUCACAACUGGGGGCUAGGAAGAGGGCCUUGGAGCUGAACCUGGAGGAAGAAGGGGCCGACUUCCUGGAGGCAGCGCCCCUGAAGCGCGCCCACGGCUCCGAACCUGACGGCUUCCUGCUGCCCUCCCUCAACCUGGGUUUCCUGCUGAGUGUGGAGGAGGGGCUGGACGCCGGGGUUCCCCGGGGUGGCAUGGUGCUAGGGCGGAAGCUGCUGGCCCUGGAGGAACCAAUGGCCCUACUGGGUGACAUGCUGCCCUUCGUGGUGGAUGGUCCAGCGCUCUCCCAGCUGGCCCUGUACGACGGUGAGGAGGAGGCCUUGGAGCAGAGUGGUGGGCACUUCCAGCCAGGCGAGGAGCUCCUGGGGGAGCUGGACCAGGCCACCUGAUGGGUCGGGCUCCCCGCCCGCCGCUCCCACUCCGCAGAUGGGACAAACGGAACCAAACCCGACCCCAGUCCGUUCCAGGGGGAGGCACCUGCCUCUCCCCGCCAUCCCCCCACCAGCAACACUCACCUGCUCGCCUUCCCCUGUGGGGCUCAGAGAAUGCUACCUACCUCAGCCCUGCCCCCCCCCAACCGGGCAUUCUGUUCCUUAGGCCUCCCUCCCCCCCGAAAUACUGGGGUGCGUCAGGGAGGGGAGCUCACCAGCCCUGCCCUGGGGUGUGAGGAGGGGCGAAUCUCCCUUUAAUGCUGGCCGCCCCUUAAUGGUGCUGGGGGAAAUCUGCCCCCUAGGGGUGACACUGGGGAUUGCAAUAGAAGCCAACCAAAUGGGGGAGGGGGCAGUCCCCCCCCCCUUCCCCCGUGCUCUGGAGCCAUGUCUGGAUCAGGGAGCCAGGCUGUCAGGCGUGGCUGGAUCUUGGCCCCAAUUGGGGCAGAUCCCAAUAGCCGGGGGAUGUUGACGGGGUUGGUGAUGGGGUACGGACAGUCCCCCUCGUCCUUCCUGCUCAGGGAAGGGUGCAGGGUGAGGUCCCUUCCCCCCAGCGGUCGGGGGGAGUCGGGAUUGGCUCUCCCUAUGUUCCGCUCACCUCACCGGACCCCCCCAUCUUUCCCUGCCCUAUCUGGGACCACCCUGGGGGGUUGGGGCUGCUCAUACUCCCCCUCCCGCCUCCUCAGUCCUUACCCAGAAUCCUCCUGGUGCCUCUUGCCGCAUUUACCUCAGCAAUGCCGUCUCCUCUUGCCCCCUGUGGGGGGAGGGAGCACAAUGGGGGGCCCAAGGGACGACACCCCAUCAAUCGCCAACUGGCAGCUGUUUUCCCCCUGGCAGAAUUUGGCCCUAGGACCCCAAAUCUCUCCAUUUUUUUUUUUUAGUGGCCAAAACGGUGGCUUUAGUAGCCGCAGUGCAAAUGCUGCAGAGGCCAAUUAAGCAGGGACCCCCUCCUCUCCACCCCUCCCCGGACUUUCGGCCACUUGGGAUUGUGUUUCCAAACCAGUUGUCCCGUCUGAGCCUCAAGGCUCUGAAUGGUCAUUUUCCAGCUGGCGGCUCCCACAGUCUGUAGCCACAGCCCCCUCGCUCUGCCUAAGAGGGGACCCCAUUUUCCGGGAGCAGUCCUGGAAUGGGGGUGAUCCAUCCUGCACCGGGUGUGUUCCUUUGGCUUUCCAGGAUGUUCUGGCAAAGGGGGGGGGCAGAGAAUUCUCUUUUCAAAUGGGUUAUUUUUAGCUUUGUUUCUGGUUGAUCUGGGAGCAAGGGACUCUCCAGCCGCCUUCUAGCGUCAGAGUCCAGCCUCGGGUCCAAUUCUGCUCAUGCUGACGCCGGAAGGGGGAGCAGCGCCAGCCGAGUGUCCCCACCCUGCGGAUACCACACGCCCCGGAGCGGUGCCAGCUCCCCAUCCCCCUGCACCGCACGCUGCCAGCUCACGAUGGCUUGUGCUCGACAUGAGCAGGGUGGGUGAUGGCGAACUGGGCGUGACGGGGCGAGGGGCUGCAGGAUCGGGACAGAAUCGGGGCUGCAAAGUCGAGUACGUUGAGAGAUGAGGGAUGUAGGCGGGGGAAAUUAUCUUGUUCUGAUCCCAGUGAAAUCCCACAGCAGGGUUUCAAAACCUGCUCUGGACCCCCUUCCCACUGCGUUUCUUUCCUUCCCCUACCCCCACCUUUCCUUCCACUCGGCCGGGGCAAGACCUGACUCCCCUGCCCGCUUUGAACAAUUUUUUCAGUCACAAUGGGAUGUUUUCCUAAAAGCUCUGCUCUCGUUCAAACAGGGCCGAAUCGAUCAGACUAGAACAGUGGUUUUCAACCUGUGGUCCGCACGACCCUGGGGGUCCGCAGCCUGGUUCCCAGAGGGGUCUGCAUCUCCAUUUGAAAUGUUUUAAGAGUCUGUCACAGGUUGGAAACCACGGGCCCAGCUGAUCGCAGCAGCCCCGUCCAGCCUUACGAAUAUGUCAGGUUGGGUUUUUACUGGUAGCGUUCUACUAGUCCAAUCUCGAAUGUGGAUGCAAUUACACUUGGAUUAAGUUAAACCCGUGAAGCAUAUUCCCCUUCCUAUACAGGGUAAGCCCUAGGGGGCGUUGUACUGCAUUAAUUACCCCGGUGCAGUUAAGGCGGAGUAAUUAUUGUGUGACACAAACCUCUGUUUUCCCACCUAAUCAGUUCCACUUCUCCAGCCCUUGGGUUGCUGGGGGGUGGAAAUUGAACUAAACCGAUAUUUAAAAUCUGUUUUCACUGAUCCCCUUUUCAAAGCCACUUAGCGGGAAAGUUUCACCAUGAUUAGAAUUCUUUGAACAAAAGCUGGGGGGAAUGAAAGUUGUGGGUUUUUUUGUUUGUUUGUUUUUCCUUUACCAUACCGAGAUGUGGGGACUUGCUUCAGUGGAAAAUCUCUUGUUUGGUAUUAAAUUGGAUUUACAGGAAUGGUGGCAGCGGUGGGACAGGGGACGAUGCUUCCACCCUGGUUCCUUGUGCCACCGCUUGCGCUAGUGCAGAGCCUACGCUCCCAGCUGGACUCGCUGGGCACCAGGGUUGAUGGUUGCACAAGGCGCGAUUCAAGCCCCGUUUUUUUUCCUUAAUGGCAGUGGGUUUUGUUUUUUCUUUCCCCCCAGAUGUUCCCUUUAAGCAAUGAUGGACAUGCCUCCUCUACCUCCUCCUUCCUAGCGUAUUUCCCGGCGGGGCCUGCCCCUCCGGCGUUAUCUUUCCCGAUGCCAGUUGCCGGGAAGUAGGGUUGCCAAUUUUGAUUGGCCGUGUUCCUGGAGGUUUGAUCAUUUGACAUAAUCUUUAAUUAAAGAUUCAUCUUGAAUUCCUGGAGACCCCAGGACAAUCAAGAAUGGUUGGCAACCCUAUCGGGAAGCAGGGUGGGGGAGGGGAAAGAGGGGGCUGAGCGUGGGGUGCCAUGUUUCAAUACCGACUGUUAAUCACAUUGCGAACGCAACACACCCACCCACACACGCGCACAAUCUGUAGACGGGCUCCGCCCACCCAGGCAGCUGUUCAGAGCCGCACAUGGCCACACGCACAGACCGACGGCCUUCUCCGAGCCUGGAGGAGGACGUGCCCAGGGCUGAGGGGUGGGCAGGGCCGUGUGCCCCUUUCUCCGGCCGCGGCCCUGCCCCGCCCUCCCGGCACCGGCGUUUUUGGUUUUGUUUCGUUGAUUUCAUUUUCCGAGACUGUGGUGCUCUUUUUUCUUCUUCUUGUCGUUUUGUUGUUGUUGUAGGGUUAGCGUUUUCCUUGUUGUCGGGUUGUUACGCGCACACGCCCCUCCCCUCCCCCAAAGCCUGGCGCCCCCCCCCCCAGCCAGCCCCACCGUUGGGGGUGUCUGAUGCCCCCUUCCCACCCACCUCUCUUCUGACUGCUCCCCCAUAGCAACCUGCCUGAUACAUGGCAAUGGGGAUCCAAGUUAGCCCCCCAUAUCCCUGGGGUCUUUACCCUACCCCAUGGCAGCUAGUCCACACCGGGGCAACCCUCUUUCAGGAGCACCCCGUUUUUAAUUAGGGGGGAUUAGAAAUACUGUGACUUGGGUCCCCUCUUCCCCUCCUGUAAUGGGGGGGGGGAAUCUGGGGGAGAUGGUGGAGCAGGGGGAUACCCCAGUAGAACUUGGAACCCCCCUGCAUUGUUUUUGCAUUAGAGCUGAGCAAUUUCUUCGGCGGGGGGAGAGCUCUUGGCCUUGUGUAUCUUUGUCUCCCCCCUCUGAGCCAGGAAGCCCAGGGUUUAACACCCUGGAGCUGGGGCAAGGUCGGAUUCGGAUCUUGCUGACCCCCUGGGAAUCAGGAGCGACCCCACUGAAGUCUAUGGGUGUUAAUCAGGAGUGACUCCAGUGGGGUGUUGGAAGAUCAGGAUCGGGUCCCCCAGAGGAGGGAUUUCUGGUGAAGGAGGUGAGGGGGGGCAGCCCUGUGGGGGUGGGGAUUGGUGCCAGGCUUUGGGGGGGGGUGUAUUUUUUUCUAUCGUCUCCUCUUCCCCGUGUGCGGCCGGUUUCUUUUGGGGCUGGACUCUCCUCCGGUGCCCUCUGGACCUAUCACUGUUGUGAGACAUAAACACCUCUGGUAACAAA